AUGCCAUUCCAUUUUUUGAGUGUAAAGAACACAAAGUGCAAAAUCAAUGUUCCGUUGCUAAUUAUUCAAUCCGAAUUUUGUUUCAGUAUACGAUUGCUGCAAAUUUUAAGUUUCGUGUGCAAUAAUACACAGCAGGGGGUACAAUUUAGAGAUGCAUGCUAUGGCUGUUUCUUGCGCUCGGUCAGUUUACCGGCUGGUCCACCGCAACUGAUUGGAAUAAGCCAGUGUUCAAGUAUAUACCUCUUCAACAGUGACUAUCAAAUUUGUGGUCAAGGCUUGGCGGCAUCUCUCGUUGGAAUCCAACCCGUAAAUCCAAUACAAGCGUUAACAUGUGCAACUGGAUAUUGCGAGUAUAUUCGAUGCAUUCGCCGUAUAAAUGCAGCGAUGCUGAUAAACAGUUGCUUCACAUCGAAUAUGGUGAAUCGAGACUUUAAUCGAUUACAAGAUCGUGUAAGUUUCUACACGAAUACAACGGCUUGCAUAUUGGCAAGGACUCGAUGCUCAGAAAUAAAUCCCAUUACGGCCGAUAUUCAGCGACAAAAAGGUUCAAUUUAUCCGCCAGGCAUAACGAAUGCAGUCGGCACAGCUGGAUAUUAUCAUCAUAAUGCAAUUCAAAUUGGCCCAAAUGGUGACAUUAAAAUCAUUGGUCUUCCAUCAGCCUGGGUGCUUGGCAAUUCAUUUUGCAAUCAUAACAUUUCACUUGAUCAGUCUCCUUACGGCAAUACAUGUCCAACAUAACCAU